UAUAUAUAUAUAUAAAAAAUAUAAAAGCGCACAAUCACACAACCACACUUGAAUAGAGUGCACUUGAACACUCUUACAAUCUGGUAAACACACACACACAAAGGCCUUUUAUUUUAAUGUUACUAGUUUUUUCUCAGGCAUUGAUGAAGAGUGUAUUUUGCAGUUCUGCCCUUCAGCACGUAGGCUAGUCACUCCAAUUGUUGAUUAAAACUCUCAGGAAAUUGCAGAGAUAUACAGCUUUGGUGAUUUUUGAAAUUCUCCGCUGUUGCACGCAAACCCACCAUUGUCUGUGCUAACGUCUCACACACAGAUAAAAAUCCACAGCAUGUCCCUACACGUCAGCACUGCUUUCAUGGAUCGCAUAUACAAUACUGAGGACAGUUUUCUAUGUACAUUGGUGGCUUCACCUAUAAAUUGAAUUAUUCAUUUAUCCUCUACAUCUGAUUAUUGAAUGAUUUACUUCAACAGCAGACACAGUGUUAGAAAUGGCUACACACUGUUUGUCCUGGUGCUCGUUGGAAAUGUAUAGUCUAUUUUUCUUUGCCUACCUUUACAUAUAUACAGUAUGCAUGUGUGUAUGUAUGUAAAAUUGACGCGUACAGCAUCAUUGUCAACUUUUAACACGGUCGUAGGGUUUCUGACUUGCUUGAUAUUUUCUUUCUGUCGCCCUGCAUUAUCCUGUACCAAGUAUGGGCUUUUUGUACGCCUUUUGUAAAAGAAAGCACACAGCAAUAAUUAACAAGCAGGAAUUGUGUACUUUUAAAGCCAUUCGUUAUUGUUGUCAUUAAUGUUGUCCUUGAUUUAAUGUUAUUUUAAAAAACGAGAGAUGUGGUAGAAAUGUUUGAUUUUUAAUUGAAAUGUUUCCCAGUAUGUUAUUAUUAUUGAUGACUCCAUUGCCCUUUUCUGAUUUUUAUUUUAUUAAUGGGCUGAUCAGGGUAUUCAGGAUUGAAAUGGAAUUGUAGAACUUAAAACAAUUUGAGAAUCACCCAAAAAAAUUUGGACGUGGACUGAAUCCAGAUCCAAUCACUUGUGUUUAACAAUCAUUUAUGGUAAAAUUGUAUCAUAGACGAAUGUUGUGGGAUGAAAGCGAAUGCUUCUAAAAAAUUUUAAUUUUUAAUAUGGAGAAUUAGUUUAAAUUUGACCCUGUUUGUUAUAGUUUUCCAUUGUCUGUGUGUAACACUCACACACUCAUGAUGACAGUGUGUAAUUGUAUGUGAAGCCUGUGCUGAUAAUUGUCCAAUUUUCAUCUUUAAGAAGGUGGUAUGUUGGUGACUGUGUUGUCUUUGUUAUUGUUGAUAACCUCUUUGGUUGCUCUGUAUCCAGGUUUUUUUUUUUUUCAAUGAUGUGAACUUUUAUCACUCAUAGAAACACAAAUAUAUAAAUAUACUGUAUAUGUCUAUGAAAUGUUAAAGGAGAUAAAGAAACUUUGUUUUUUGUAUUAAAUUGUUAUAUUGUCGAAAAAGAAGGAAGUCUGGUUGUGUUGUAAUCCUCGAAAGGUCACAGCAGGGUAAGCAUCAUUUAAUCCUUGAUCACAAAGUCAUUUAAAUUCCCAGUCUUGUUCAUGUUCAUGUUCAUGUUGUUUAACUGCAGCAGUGCAGCCUACUGAUCACACUCAUACAAGAGUCAAGACUGUCUUUAAUUACAUCCAUGCUUGUAUUGACUUCCUUGAAACAGUUUUAUGUUCUGAACAUGUGAUGAAACAAAAGCUAUCUUUGGUUUGUUCUGCCUGUAUCUGUUUUCCUUCCUCAUUCUGUAUCUGUGGGGAUGCUGAGGUCUGUGGGUUUGUCCUGGGAUCAGUUUCUGCUCUCUUUCUCAGCCCAGGAGUGAAAACAGACAGAGUUAAUGCUUGUACUCCUCCAAGAUAGGUUUACAGUCCCUGUUUGGGUUGCACUUGAGUGACGUCUUGUGCUGCAAUUCUUGUUUUGCUGGCAUCAAUUCAACACACGCAGGCUCUUCUCCCGUAGAGUCACUUUACUCCUUUAUUUGUGUGCAUCUCUGAAGUGGCAUCAGAGUACAAGCAAUCUGCAUUUUUUUCGUCAGGAUCAGUUUCCAAACCCUCUCAAGUGGAUUGCCACUGAGGUGUCAUAUCCUCUUUCUCCUCCUCAACCUUUUCUUUUGCCUUUUCUUAAUCAUUCUGUACUCCCCUUUUUUUCUGUACAAAAUUUCUACCACUUUUAGACCAUAAAAAAACCUUGUGCAUGUGUAGAUUGAACUGAUUGGUCCAGUAUGAUAAUGCAUUAAUCUGAAGACAACUUUUGGUUCACAAGGCUUUAAUAACUUGUGUUUGGCCAAAUUUUUCUGUGUUGCUGUCAUGUGUCCAGACUUUGUGCCGAUUAGGGAUCUAGUGACUCUUCUUCAGGUGUCAUUUCCUAUACAGGUCUCUACUGAGUAGAUGCCCGGGUGUUUUAAUCUCAGGAACGGCCUGAUCGUCACCAAACUCCUCCUUAUAAACUAUUGAUGGAGGACACAGGUGCCAAAUGGGGCUCCGUGUGUUCACCAGUCCAUCUUAUCUUUGGGAGGACAGUAGGUGUUAAUGUUGGUGGAAGAAAUGGAGGUCAAGACAUAGAGGCAUGGAUUGUUGAAAGCAGGUUCCUAGAAAUGCAAUGGAUUGCCUUUCAUCAUCAGCCCAUUCAGAUGAAGAUGGCCUUUGAAAUAAUUCAAGCAUUUUUGGAACUGCUUUGAUGAUGGGACAUAUCAAGAGGGAAGUGAACAGAUGUGAGGAAACCUGAAGAACAGACAGAUUUCUGGUUUGUGUGUUGAUCUGCCAACAUGGACCCUACAGCCCUCCCCGGACGUGGGUUCGAAGUGGAUGUGGACCUUGGCUUUGCCCUCUUCUUCUUCUUCCUGCUCUGCUUCUUCUUGUUGGUGGCCAUCGUCCGCUGCGCGCAGAUGGUGCUGGACCCUUACAGUGCUAUCUCUGUCACUACACACCAAGAGGAAGAUCAAGCGGACGACUGACAGACAUAUAAACUGUACAGUAAAGGAAGCUUAUUGUCCAAAAGGAGCGUUGUAAUUUAAUUCAACUCUAUCGGAGAACCAGAUUAAGUUGCCAUGAGCCAAUCAAUGUUUUGAGGCUGUUCUUGUGAUUGAGUUUGGUGGAGUUGUGUCAGAUAGUACUUUCAACUUUUUUUUAUACUUUCUACACAGCAAUAUAAACAUUUUGUACCAAGAGGUUGUCCACCAGCAGCAUCCAACGACUUCAAAUGAUAGUGCACACAGUGAAAAGCAUCUUGAUGCGGACUAAAGAAAAUGCCCUCCCCUUCCUCACUAAUGCGGCACAGAUGUUUCAGGGUUUCUCAUUGAUGGAAAUGUAAUGCAGAACAGAUGUUCUGCUCUUUCUCCUAAAUUCUGUCACACAAUGUUUUGGAGUCUUUGCACAAUCGUUCAUGCAAGUUGCUUGUAACUAAUGAACGAAUGAAAAAAAACCCUCUCUAAUUCAUAGCAUGUGUUGUUAUUCACCAAUAGUAGGCCAUUUCAC